AAGAUUGAAAUUCCAAGAUUUCAUCCCUUUAAAUACCUCUUUGGAAGACAAGGAAAUCAUCAAACCAGCCCAAGUGAACAUAUCUUCAUUCCUUGAACAUCUAGUAUCUUAAUCACCAACUGCUAAAAUGUCAAAGAAGAUGCAGACAUCAUCAUCACUUCUUCAAGACUUGUUCAUUGGAAAUCCAAUCAUCUCGGCAGCAUGUGAUCAGCUUCAGAAAUCAGUUAACAGAUACUAUUUGAAUGACUCUGCCUCUACUCAAUCUCAAUGUUCAACUAAAGCAUCAAAGCAAAGUAAAACUUUGAAUGUUUCAAUUCUAAACAAGCUUAGAAGGAAAGCAGAAGAUAAUCUUUCACAAGGAAUCCAAGAACAUGUGAGAUUGGCACCAAAGAUAUCUGAGACUAUUAAGGGUAAGUUAAGCUUAGGGACUAAAAUUCUUCAAGUGGGAGGAGUGGACAAAGUCUUUGAGCAAUUCUUCAAUGUCAGAGAAGGCGAGAGGCUUUUGAAAGCUUCGCCGUGCUAUCUAUCUUCAACAUCAGGCCCCCUUGCAGGUCUUCUGUUCAUCUCAACAGACAAGGUUGCAUUCUGCAGUGAGAGAUCAAUCAAAGCCUUUAAUGGGAAAGGCCAAAUGAUUAGGAUCCAUUACAAGGUUUCUAUUCCACUCAAGAAGAUCAAGUGUGUGAACCAAAGGGAAAAUUUUGAGAAGCCAAAACAGAAGUAUAUACAGAUUGUUACAGUGGACAAGUUUGAUUUCUGGUUGAUGGGAGUCAUAAAGUAUCAAAAGACUUUGAGAUAUCUUGAGCAGGCUAUUUCUCUUUCUCAAGCUUAGAUGAUUUUGAGACAGUGACUUGAGAAUGUUUUGUGAGCAUUUAAACUCCCAAUUGUACAUAUAAAAGAGAGAAAGAGAGAGAGAUUUCAAGUUCAAGUGCCUGUUCAUUAAUUAUGUACAUAUGUUUAGAGGAAUCAUAGUCUUGUGUCUG